GGAGGUUGUGUUUCUCCAUACAUUUUUUUAACGUCUGUAGACAGAGACUAGGCUUGCACUCCGUUAGACUUUGACCCCCUUUUUGAGGGUAUUCCCGAUCUGGAAAUUACGGAGAUGUAUGUAUGGCAAUGGAUGAAGUAUAUUGUUUGUCCAGUUAUCAAUGGAUGAUGAUGAAGAGUAGUAGACCUAGUGUUAAAGAACAACUAAUGGCUUACCUUGAUAUGCUAUGAUAAAGAACUCAUGCCCAAGAUAACACAUAAAUAUAGCAGUUCUACUUAGGAGACUGAAAGUACUUAUAUUUUUUACUCUGCAAGAUGGAACCAGAAUGUAAGUCCUCCAUAGGCGGAGGUGGUGAUCCCUCAAAUGAAAAUGGUUGGGACAUUGGUAUUGAUCAAUGUUCAUAUUUUAGAGCAGCCAGAACUGAGUUCAACCAAUCAAAUGCAGCGUAUGAAGGCAAGAAAUUGUACUCAGAAAAUUUAAGGAAAUAUAAAGAUGUGGUUGGGUCUGGUGACAAUUUCAAGCCAACAAAUGAUAAAUUUGAUGAUAUCACAUUUAGGACUAGUAACUCUUGUGAACGUUGCACAACAGAUAAUGCAUCUUCAAGCGCCACUUUCAGGCUGCCCUCUAGCGAUGGUCACUGUGCUGCUAAUAACAACCUUUCAGGCUCCACCUCUGAUAAACAGGAUUCUCAGCAACAAGAAUGGAAACAAACUUCUUGUAAAUCGGAAACAACGUCAACCAAGAAUAAAUCAACACUAUUUUUUGAUCCAAAACGAAUAUUUGCCGACAAUAAUAAAGCCAAACAUGAAACAGAAAUAUCAGAUGUGCAUUCACAAUCAUCCGAUACACAAUCAGAUGGCGAGUUGCUAGAUCUACGUGAACAGACCUUACGAUUUGACGCAAAAAUAAAGAAGAAACUGGAAGCUUCUGUAACCACCGACUCGACUCGUUUGAAUUCCGUAAGAAAAAUGAAAAAUAAAAGUUCACCAAAAUCAGAAGAUGAUAAAUCUACUAAUGGACAAAAAACUAAUACUAUUAAAGAGAAUAGUUCGCCAUACAAAGGAAAAGAGAAGUGUUCGUGUAAGGCCAAUCUUUCUGAGAAUAUAACUAACGAUGUUAAGUUUACAUUUUCUGGGGAUCAAGAAAAGCCGAACUGGAAAGGGUCAAAAGUUACUUUUGGUUGUGAGGAGACAAGCCAUGGUCGCGAUGGCUUCGAUCAAGAUCCAAAACCUCAAUCCAGCAAUCCUAGCGAUAAAAUAAAUUUAGACUCAGGCAAUAGGAAAAAGAAUAUGAAAACAGAGAGUGAAAGCUACUCAAGAAGAAAGAAGAAAGUAAAGUCCAAGUCUCAGGACCAGCAGCAAAAAGUGCCGGAAAACAAUGGCAAAUCUAACAGAGGGGGUAGAUCGAAGAGUAAAAGGGAGUGGGAUCAGGAAGCGGAAUGGCCAGGACAGACGAGAGUAGAUGAUGAGCGUGGGAACGCAGGACAGAUGGGAGCAGAUAAUGAGCGUAGAAACGUCAACGUGGAGGGGGAAGUAAGAGAAGAGGCAGCUGAUGGUUCUGGUGACGCAUUGCAACAGCUUUUCUUUGGAAUUCUCAAGACGCUGGUCUGGUUCCUUAGCUUUUUAUUUUUCCUUUUUCUGGUGCUGCUUUCUUUUACUAUAAAUAUUGCCAAGAGGUGGAUUGUGUACACAAUAGUAUUUCUGAAGAUGAUGGUGGGGUGGAUAAGGCGGAAGGACACAUCACACAAUGGCGGACAAAAUGGAGGCUCGCUAUCCUUUGAAGAUAUUCAAGGGAUGCUAAACCUCGGUCCAUCGGAGAAUAUAGAACUACCCACGGAAGGUAAACAGGCAGUUCAAAGGUUACUGAAGUGCAAUGCUGCGGACCCGUAUGCAGUACUUGGCGUAACUUCUGACGCUACAGAUGACACCAUCAAGAGGUACUACCGAAAGCAAUGCAUGAUGGUUCAUCCCGACAAGAAUACGAUGACUGGUGCUGAGGAGGCCUUCAAAAUUUUGGGAAGUGCAUUUGAAAUUAUCGGUGAACCAACGAAGCGUGCUGAAUUUCAUCGAGCCAUUACAGAGAGCGCUCAGAAGGAAAUGUUCCAUAAAGAGUUUGCUGAGCAGUUGAGGAAAAUGCAAGAGGUCUUUGAGGAAAGGGCAAAUACAAUACGUUGUUUAGUGUGUGGAGGCAAGCAUUUAAGAUAUUUGACAGACCGUUCCCCUUAUUCUGCAAGAUACUGUGCAAAGCAUGAUACUAGGCACCACGCAACAGAUGGUGAUAUCUGGGCCGAGUCCUCACACCUUGGAUUCCGUUGGCAUUACUUUACAUGUACAGGACACCAGAUAUAUGAUGUCACAGAGUGGGCAAAGUGCCAGGAUAUGAGACUGAUGCAGAGUAACGCCCACGAAGUGCGAUACCGAUUUGACACCAGGCGACAACAUCGUCAACGUACUGCACCACCACCGCCAAAUUUUGAGGAUGCGUUUUGGGACGAGUUUUUACGUCAGACGUGCAACAUGGACCAACCUACAAGAAACCAAAGUGCAAACCCUAACAACCAACAACGCAAACAACAUAAGAAGAAACACAGGAAGAAAAAAGGUUUUUAAAUGAAUAAUUAGCAUCAAAGAUGUAAUUGUUAAUUUUACUUUGCUUCCAUGUUAACAAUUUGUAAAGUUGCCUUUUACUGUUAUUGGUUGCUAGGGCAAGCCAGGGUGAUUAAAUAGGGGCAGGGUGGAGGGGGGCCCUGGGUGCAGGAAUUAAAGAUAUACCUAGAUGAAACCAAUAUGGGCCUAGGUGAAACAGGUAUGGGCCUAGGUGAAACCAGUAUGAGCCGUAGUAAGCUACAACUUGUAAUCUUUUUAGUAAUAAUAUCUUCCAUAAUGGGUGGUGCUGAAAUUAAAAUCUUGUAAUUUUGACCUACAGAAUACUGAAGCUGUUAAUAUAUUUAAGUAUACAACUAUUAUUUGAAAUAAAUUACUGGACUACAACAUGCAUGGAGAAUAUAUACAGAAUGUGGACUGGAAGUUUAAUAAAUAUUAUAAAGCUAAGGAGUCUUUAAAAGUAAAUAUUUAAGAAUAAUUUAGUUGAUAUUAAUUGAAAGCUAGGGGGUCUGAUAUCAUGAAAGCUAUUUAUCAAAUUAUAAGGUAUACUCUAUAAAUUUCCAGAUUACUGUUUUUUUUGUGCAAAAUUCAUCAGUUAAUUAAAUGUAAGUACAUAAGACAACAUUGCAGAAACAUUUAAAAUGUACUGUACAGACAUUUACUGUAAAACUUCCAAUAAUAACCCUGGGUUACUAUUAAUAAAAUUAAUGUUGGCACUUGAAAAUUAUAAACCCCAGCUUUUCACAUCAGGAAAUAAUACAAAUAUAUAACUACAGUAACAUGUGUAACAUUUUAUUAAAAAAUAGGUUUGCUUCUCAUCUUUUGAUUUGAAUAUACAGUAUAUAUAUGUUUUUGUCUAUAGUUUUGGUACUCUAAUUGUAACACCAUGGAUUAUUAUUAAAGUAGUGUGUUGUUAUUAUAGAUUUACUAUUGGAGGGGGUUACUAAUAGAGAAAUGGGUUAUUAUUUGAAGUUUUACGGUAGUACUAAAUACAUAAAACUACAAAUUCAUAACUGCAUAGUUUAAAAAAAUGUUUGCUAAAAUGAUAAAAAUAUGUUUAUAAUAGGUCUAUUUGGUUUUAAGUUUAAACUUUGGAGUAUGGCAUUAUUAUUUAUUGUUUUACUGUUAAAAUAUAUCAUACAAACAUCUGUGUAUUAUAUUAAUAUACAGCAUGUCAUGAGUAUUAAAUUCUCUAUGAAUUGCCUCUGUAAGUUGUCAUAAACAGCUAUUAUUUCAUCUGUUUACAACUUACAUAAUUGCUACAUGAUGCAUUGUUUAGAUAAGAUUUUUUUGAUGGACAAGUAAUUGUUGAAUUAAAUUUUGUUUGAAUGUAGGUUAAUACUACUAUGUUCCUUGCACCAACACAUCAUGUGGCAAAUACAAGCCAAAACCAUUCACUCGUUGCCAAUCAUGCCAAAACAUACUGGCAUGUCAAUUUUUUUUUAAUGUUUGAUGGAACUAAACUAAUGUUUAUAUAUCUAUACAUCAUGCAGUGUUGUUAUUUUCUCCAUUCUUGAUGUUAAAACAACAAUUUGGUGAUGGUUUCUGCCCAAAAUUGUAAACUUCGGAUGCUGGUUUCUCUAUACAGUACUGUACUGUUCUUUAAACAGCUGCAUGCAUAAAAAAUAUAAGUGAAAAAUUAUGUUUUCCAAAAUAGUUGUUCAAAGUAUAUAAUUAAUAUUGAGUUAUAAACAAAUUUCCAUUUAAGUGCAUGUUGAACUUUGAAGCCACUGAGGGCAGCAAAUACAAAUACAAAUGUUAUGGUGCAAUAGAGAGCAGCAUAUCAAGGAAUGGGGUGACGGGGAGCUAGCUUGCAAAAUAAGGUGAUCUUUAUCUACUUGAGCAUGAUUUUUGCCUCAUAAAUUUUCAAGUGGGGUUAGGCACCUGGGGAGCAUGCUUUUUUAGAGGAGUGUCCCCCAUGCCCUCCCCUAGAUACACCACUGCUGCAGUGGUGGUUCUCCGUAUCUUCUAAUCACUCUAGAAUUUUUAUAAUUGCAUUUUAUGUUCUAAAGGAAGGAAAAUGUAUUUUAGGUAUGCCUAUAAAGUAAUAAUCAGUACUCCAUGCUGAUUGGCUGACAGAUCAGCUAACACUUUGUGUCCACCAAUCCUGAAUAUUGUUAUAUUGCCAAUAUGUCUUCUCAAAACUUUCUUUUAAUUAUGCUUUAUAUGGAUCACUUUUGGUUAAAAUACAAAAAUAAUAUAUGUCUUCUUUUGUUUUUGGUAAUAUGUUGAAUUAUAAAGUUGGAUGUGAAUAUAUUUUGUUGAUAUCACUUGAUAAGAAAUGGAAUGACAACAAUCAUGAAAAUUAUAAAUAAAACUUGGCAAAACGUUGAAAUUAA